GGGGUUGGGUUACCUCAGUUACAGGAAGUCAAAGAUUGAUUUCCUCUUUUUCCAAAAGAACGAAGGCAGAGGGUAUAGGGUUGAUUGAGCAGGCUGGCAGCUGGUACCGACACAGAACCAAGCUGGACUCUGGGUGGAGGCUGUUCUGUCAUGAGGUUGGCUGUGCUCUUCUCUGGGGCCUUGCUGGGUCUACUAGCAGCCCAGGGGACAGGGAAUGACUGUCCUCAUAAAAAAUCGGCCACUCUGCUGCCAUCCUUCACGGUGACACCUACAGCUACAGAAAGCACAACAAGCCCUGGAACAACCAGCCACAGAAUGACCAAGAGCCACAGAACGACCACUUACACGGCUACCACCACUCAUAAAACUACCACCACGGGCACCACCAGCCACGAGUCUUCAGCCACUCACCAUCCUGCUACCACCACCAGUCACGGAAAUGCCACAGUUCAUCCAACGAGCAACAGCACUGCCACCAGCCCAGGACCCUCCACCAGAUCCCCCCACCCAGGACCACCUCCACCCUCUCCAAGUCCUAGCCCAGGCUCCAAGGAGGCGAUAGGAGACUACAUUUGGACUAAUGGUUCCCAGCCCUGCGUCCGGCUCCAAGCCCAGAUUCAGAUUCGAGUUCUGUACCCAACCCAGGAUGGAGGAGAGGCCUGGGGAAUCUCUGUUCUGAACCCCAACAAAACCAAGGCCCAAGGGGGCUGUGAGAGUAAUCAUCCCCACUUGCUCCUCUCAUUCCCCUAUGGACAGCUCAGCUUUGGAUUCAAGCAGGAGCCACUGCAGAGCACCGUCUACCUGAACCAUGUGACUGUGGAGUACAACGUGUCCUUCCCCCAGGCAUCACAGUGGAUAUUCUCUGUUCAGAAUUCAUCCCUUCGAGAUCUCCAAACCCCUCUGGGCCAGAGCUUCAGUUGCAGAAACGCAAGCGUCAUUCUUUCACCAGCUUUCCACCUGGACCUGCUCUCCCUGAAGCUACAAGCUGCUCAGCUGCCCCCCACAGGGGCCUUUGGACCAAGUUUCUCUUGCCCCAGUGACCGAUCCAUCUUGCUGCCUCUCAUCAUUGGCCUGAUCUUACUCGGCCUCCUCACCCUGGUGCUUGUUACCUUCUGCAUCGUCCGGAGACGCCCACCCACUUACCAGCCCCUCUGAGCAUUUGUCCCAACAGCCAGGGCACCAGGAGGUGCCCUCAUUUCUCACCACGCAACUGACUCAGAGACAAAGUUAUCUUCCUUCCCUGUCUUGAUGAUCAAAAGUCGAGAUAAUGCAAUCGGGAGGAAUGAGAGAGCUGUUUAUUAAAUAUGACUGAUUCCCCCUCCCCCAUCUCCAGUGGGAGAAUAAUAAAACUUGAUCAAGUCUUUAUCCUUGGU